AUGCUGUUCGCACGUGGAUGCAUCAAGUCCAGAACACUAAGUACGCGAGUUUUGAUCCAUCAGUCUCUGAGUCCCAAAUUCUCGCGGAGAUCAUUACAUACGCCGGUUUUGAUCCACGAGACUCUGAGUUUCGUGAGACCGGAAUCUAAACUGAUCUUGGAUGCAACAUUUGGUGGUGGUGGAACGACCAAAGCUGUCUUAGCAUGCAAAGUGAUUGCUGUUGACCGUGAUCUGGAAGCCUUUGCAAGAGCCAACAGCCUAGCCAAGUUAUAUCCGCAACGAAUCGUUCCUAUACAUGGAAAUUUCAGUGAGAUGGGAAGGUUGCUUCAACCAACCUUCCCACAAGUCGAUACAGUAAUACUCGAUAUUGGUGUCUCGUCCUUCCAACUUGAUCAGGCUGAACGUGGAUUCUCGUUUAAAGAUGAUUCACUGCUGGAUAUGAGGAUGAACACCUCUGAAGGAUUUACUGCUGAAUAUGUCGUGAAUGAGUUUAAUGAGUCGGAACUCACAGGUAUUCUCCAAAAUUACGGCGAAGAGAGAUUCGCAGCCAAGAUAGCUCGAUCGAUAGUGGCAAAACGUGCCGUCACGUCUAUCAGAACGACAGGACAACUAGCGGAGAUUGUCGCGAAAGCUAUUGGACGGCACGAAGCCAAGCAUCCAGCAACCAGAACAUUCCAAGGGUUGAGGAUUUAUAUUAAUGAUGAGCUGAAUGAACUCAAGAAAGGACUGGAAGAAGCAGAGUCAUUGCUUCAACAAGGAGGACGAAUCAUCGUUAUAACCUUUCACUCGUUAGAAGAUAGAAUAGUCAAAGAGUUUUUAAAAUCACGUCAAGCAGCAGGAUCUCUCAUCACAUUGACUAAGAAAGUCGUGAAACCAACAAGGGAAGAAAUCCUUGCCAACAAGAGGUCACGAAGCGGCAAGCUUAGAGCUGCUGAAAAAGCUCUCAUAUAA